AUGGCGGCGGAGUGGAGCGCACUCCUUCUCACCUGCCGGCGCGGCCAUGGCGCCGUGUCCGCGCUGCAGCGAGCGGCUCCCGCCUCUCGCUUGGCAGAGCUGGAGGCGCGGCGGCUGCGGGGCGCGCUGGGCCCGCGCCCCCCCGCGCUGCUCCUGGCCGUGGAGGACCCCUGGGCCCGCCUGGGCAGCGGCGGUGCCACCCUGAACGCCUUGCUGGUGGCUGCCGAGCACCUCAGCGCCCGCGCCGGCUGCACGGUGGUGACCGCUGACGUCCUGAGGGACGCCCGCAUCCUCAUCCUGCACAUGGGCCGCGAUUUCUCCUUCGAUGACUGCGGCCGCGCCUUCACCUGCCUGCCCGCGGAGGAGCCCGGCGCCCCGGCCGAGGCGCUGGUCUGCAACCUGGACAGCCUGCUGGGGACCAUGACACACCGGCUCUGUGUGGGCUCCCCGCCCGGCGUCUGGGUCUGCAGCACUGACAUGCUCCUCACCGUGCCCUCGGCACCAGGGAUCAGCUGGGAUGGAUUCCAGGGCGUCAGAGUGAUCGCGGUGCCCGGGAGCCCGGUGUAUGCCAGGAACCACGGGGUCUACCUCGCUGAUGAGCAGGGGCUGGUGCGUGACAUCAUCUACAAAGGCACAGAGGCCCAAAUCCAGCAGUGUGCAGGGCCUGAUGGCACCGUCCCGCUGGUCUGUGGGAUUGUUUUCUUCUCCUCGGACGCUGCUGAGCAGCUUCUGGCCACCCACGUCAUCCCUCCUCUGGACGCCUGUACCUACAUGGGGCUGGACUCGGGGGCACCUCCCAUCCAGCUCUCCCUGUUUUUUGACAUUGUGCUGAGCAUGGCAGGGGGGAUGACAGAGGAGGAUUUUGUGAAGGGUGGCAGUGAUGCCAGCGUGAGGAGUGCCCGCUCCGUGCUGUGGACAGCUCUCCGUGGCUUCCCUCUUACCAUGGCCUGCAUCCCUGAUGCAUCCUAUGACUACAUGACCACCUCUGCGAGCGACCACAUCCGCAGCCUGACUCUCCUGCCUGGCUCUGCCAGUCACUUGCGCUUCUGCAAGACAGCCCAUUCCCACGUGGACCAGCCCUGUCUCCUGGAGGAUGGCUCUUCAGUCACCAACUGCCUGCUGGAGGGAGCUGUGGGGCUGGCAGCCGGCAGUGUCAUCCAGCACUGUCACCUCCAGGGUCCCCUGGAGAUCGGUCCUGGCUGCCUCCUCUCAGGCCUCGACGUGGGCUCCUCGCCAGCCCUGCGGGGCUGUCCCCUGCGUGACAUUGUCCUGCAGGGCCACCACGUCCGGCUGCGUGACCUGCCCUGCCGUGUGUUCACUCUCACGGGCCGCCUCGACGACUGGCAGAGCCCCGUGGAAGAGGCCACCUACCUGAACGUGCCCUGGCCUGAGUUUUUCCAACGCACUGGCAUACGGGAAGGGGACCUUUGGGACGCCGCGACGCCGCGGAGGAGCCGCUGCCUGCUGAGCGCGCGGCUGUUCCCGGUGCUGCACGCCCGCGAGGCGCUGGGGCUGCAGGACGUGCUGUGGCUGCUGGCCCCGGCUGCGCUGGCGGGCGAGCGGCUGGCGCGCUGGAGGACGGCCUGGCGCAUGUCCUGGCAGGAGCUGCUGCCCUGCCUGGACACGGCGGCCGAGCUGGGCACCCGCCAGGCCCUUUUCUUCCUGCAGGGCCAGCGCAAGGUGCGGCGGGUGCUGCUGGGGCGCCAGGACAGCAGCCUCCUGCCACUGGCCCGUAGUGCUGUCUAUGAGGGGUACCACGAGGCUGUGCUGGGCACGCUGGAUGAAGUUGCCUCCAUGGCCGGUGAUGCUGGUGUUGCAGCACGAGCGCUCGCCUGCAUCGCUGAGGUCCUGGGCUGCAUGGCACGAGGGGAAGGGGGCUUGCGGAGCGGCCCUGCUGCCAACAGGGAGUGGGCCUCGGCUUUCGCGUGCCUGGAGCGCGGGGACGUUGCCAGCGGUGUCCGGGAGCUGGCUGCCGAGCGGCAGAAAUGGAUGAGCCGGCCGGCUCUGCUGGUGAGAGCGGCUCGGCAUUACGAGGGGGCCGAGCAAAUCCUGGUCCGGCAGGCGGUGAUGUCCUCGUGCCAGUUUGUCACCGUGGAGCAGGCAGAGCUGCCACCCUUGGGGCACUGGGUGCAGGUGGCUUGUCCGGCCCGCCUGGACCUCUCCGGUGGCUGGAGUGACACGCCCCCCAUCACCUACGAGCACGGGGGGGCUGUGGUGGAUGUGGCGGUGCUGGUGGACGGGUGCCGGCCCAUCGGCGCCCGGGUGCGGCGCAUCCCCGAGCCGGAGCUGCGCCUCGUCAGCCUCAGCGGGACCCCCCCCAGCCAGGCGGUGACGGAGCUGCUGUGCAGGGAGCUGGAAGACCUGCAGGAUUACUGCCAGCCACACGCACCAGGAGCCUUGCUCAAAGCUGCCUUCAUCUGCACCCAGGUCGUGCAGUUCCCCUCACAGAAACCCCUGCGGGUCCAGCUGAUGGAGAGUUUUGGGAGUGGCUUCGAAGUGCACACCUGGUCCAAGCUGCCCCACGGGUCCGGCCUGGGCACCAGCAGCAUCCUGGCGGGCGCGGUGAUGGCAUCGCUGUACCGGGCGGCUGGCAAGGCUGCCAGCACCGAGUCCCUCAUCCACGCCGUGCUGCACCUGGAGCAGAGGCUCACGACAGGUGGUGGUUGGCAGGACCAGGUUGGUGGGCUCGUCCCUGGCAUCAAAAUCGGAAGGUCGAAGGCCCAGCUGCCCCUCAGAGUGGAAGUGGAGCAGAUCCUGGUGCCUGAUGGUUUUACCCAGACCCUCAAUGAUCACUUGCUGUUGGUGUACACGGGGAAGACUCGCCUGGCCCGCAACCUGCUCCAGGACGUGGUGAGGAACUGGUACGCCAGGCUGCCCUCCAUCGUGCAAAACACUGAUGCGCUGGUGAGCAACGCUGAGGAGUGUGCCCAGGCCUUGAGGCAAGGUGACCUGCCGCUCGUUGGCAAGUGUCUGGACCGCUACUGGCAGCAGAAGAAGGUCAUGGCCCCUGGGUGUGAGCCGCUGGCCGUUGGGCACAUGAUGGACGCUCUGCGGCCCCACGUCCAUGGGCAGUGCUUGGCCGGGGCUGGCGGCGGUGGCUUCCUCUACGUCUUAACCAAAGCCCCGCGGCAGAAAGAGGCUCUGCAGCAGCUCCUCGCUGGCACCGAGGGGCUGGGCAACUUCAGCAUCCACAGCAUUGAGGUGGACACGGGCGGUUUCUCUGUGGAGGUUGUGGGAUGUGAUACGAAGGAUGGUGCUCACCCUGGAGAGGACAGGGCUGUGUGAAGGCCUUCAGCCCUGGCCAGAUCCUGGCAGAUACACGGGAAAUCCCCACUGCUUAAGGAGAGCUCCAGCAGGUGCCUGAGGUCUUGAUAUGGCCUUUUUGUGCUGCUGCUUGUCCCAAAAGCCACAGAGGCUGGAGAAGCUGUGAUGAGCCGGGCAGGCAGAAUUCUCCCUGCAGGGUGGCCUUGCUGGAAGGACAGUUUGAAAGGGCCUCCAGCCUGAUUUUGCGGUUUCACUCCAGUUUUUACGGUUCUCCAAAGGGAAAACACUAGCAUUUGUGAUGCUGCCUCUGGCAGGAACCUUCCUGCUCUUCCAGCAGCACCUGUGCCUGUUCAGUACACUAUGCUCCUGCACCAAGAAUGUACUUGGAUGUGGAAUCAAGACUCUCUCCUGUCUUGAGGGACUAUUUCAACACUGACAUAGUGAAUAAUGAAAGCAAAUUACUGAUUGCUGCAGUCAGUCUGAAUAAAAAAGCUUGUUCCCA